CCCUCCCAGCUUUCCCCUGCCGCACUCUUCUUUCAUCCGCUCCGCCCUGCCCGCUCGCGGCGGCGGCGAGGACCACCUCGCUCCCGUCACUGAUGGUACAGACUCGUACAAAUGGGAUAGGGAAGAACAAAUCUGCUGCUGCUCCCACCUCGCUUUGGAUCAGCCUAAAAAGUAAUGAAUAUGCAAAUGUAUUCAGCACUAGUGAACGGUAAAGAAUCAAUCCCCGUAAGAGCAUCACGCGGACUCUGCUGCUUCGGCGGGCGGCGGCCGAGCGCCCGAAUUCCUCAUGCGCCGCCCCCCGCGCUCCUCCUCGCCUCCGCCUGCACCGGCCGCCGAACCCCACCUCGCCCCCACGCCAACAGCCGCGGCGGCGCCGAGGCCGAGCUCCGCCCGCCUACCUUCGGAGAGCAUCACGCGGAGCUCGGCCAAGCCGGCCAUGCCGCGCCAUCGGCCCCUGCCGGAGGCCGCCCACGCCGAAUCUCGCUCGUGAGGCCGAGCUCCUUCGUCGACGCACCAUGGUCCGUCCAGCGACGGCAGCUGAGCUCAGGCUUGCCUCCACCCGUGCCGCGCGGCCAUGCCAGGCCCAGAAUUCCUUUCACUUGUUCCGGCCUUUGUACUCCAGAGCCCAACGCCCCCUCCUCUUCCUCUUAGCGUCGCAGCAACCAGCAGCCCAAGCACCUGCGGCCGGCGGCGCGAGCGCACGGCUGAACAUGCUUUUAGAUCUGCUUCAUUUUCUCCAACGCGCCCCAGGCACCGCUGCAGGCUGCUGGAUCGAUUGCGAGAAAGGACGCGAGAUAGAAAGUGCAAUGGACUUGGUAGUCCAAUCUGUUUGCUGCUGCCUGCUGUUUGUGUUGACGAUGGGAGGUCUCUCGCGGCGGUUUCUGAAUCUGGUCAUGGACAACCGCAUCCGUGGGGUUAGAUCGCUGCGCUGCAUCGACCUCACGCGCCAUCACCUCUUCAACACAACCAUACCUGCACAGUCACCGAACGGAAAGGGAUCUGGAUCAGGACUGCAAGACGCUCCCACCUCUCGGGAGACUGCGGCUGUUGCUGACAACCGGGGGAACAAACAGGUUGCGGGGGACACCUUAAAGAUGGAGGAGAUUCGACUUCCCAGCCCAAGCUUCAGCAUCUGUAGCUCAGCCACGAGCAAAGGAUGGGAUAUAGAAUGCAUCCCGCUUGCAGGUCACAAGGUGUUCUGCACUGACCGCUCUGGGUGGACCAUAAUCUUCGAUGCUAACAUGCGCCAAGUGGACAUCAUGCCCAUUCUCCAGAGGCCCAAGCGGCGGCCGAUCUCCAUCUUCAUCCCCAGCGAUGCUGCUGCGGACAACCAUGAUGAUGUGGAAGGCAGUCUCUUCGUCUUGGAAAGUGCUCCUAACGAUGAGGUGAGAUACAGCGGGCAGCUGAGCAGUCAGUUCGAGGCCUUUGUCUGCCGGAAGCCUACAAUGACAGCGUCCACCAAUCCUUGUCACCACCUGCUCCUUCCGCCACCGCCGUUCGUCCGUGACCCCAAGUACAGUCGCAGCUGGCCCCCCAAGAUCAGCUCAUAUGCAGUGGUCAAUGGUGGCAGUGGCAGCAGCACCCAGAUACGCAUAUCCGCGGAGGGUGCUGGCACUUACAGCUUGGACACGGUGCUCCACACAUGGAGCCAAUUGGGAGAGUGCGCUCUACCCUUCCGUGGCAAGGUUGAGUAUGUUCCCGAGUUGAAGCUCUGGUUUGGCAUCUCUCGCAAGGACCGGACUUUGGUUGCUGCUGACCUCUCCGCCAUGGGUUCCCAGACACUACUGGUGACUGUUGGGAUGGAAUUUGACCCACCCGAACAAUGGCUGGCAGCACGACAUCCUCAGCUUGUUAACUUGGGCUUUGGCAGGUUUUGCAUCGUGAGAUUCUUCUACACCCGGACUUCUUUAGCCUUUGGCGAGGUAUAUGAGGAAUACUUCGUUGUCUUGACUGGGGUGGAGGUGGUGCGGCGUGACAAUGAUGUCAGUGGCAACGGCAGCAAAGGGAAAGUGGAACUCCAGAUGAUCAAGCACAAAUCUUGGUACCACAUGUGUUUUGGCAGCGAUGGUACCAUUGAAUCAGCGUUCUGAAUGAUUUCGAGGCUUAUAUCAAAACUCCCUUUUCUAUCCAUUAUGUAUGCCUGAAUAAUUGUGGGACCUCUUUGCAAGAGACAGGUAGUCAGUUCUUUUUAGGAU